AGAAAUAAUUAAUAUAUUUAUCUCAAUGAAAAAAAAAAAAAAAAGUGACAAAAAUUAGUAGUAAUGUGAGUAGUGAGGUCGAAAGGGAAAGAGAGAGAAAUGAGGGGAUUAGUAGUGGCGUUAUCUUCAACUCUCACUCUUCAAUCCUCUGCAGCUCGCUCCACCGUGGGCCCUGCCACCUCCCACAUCCUCCACCGUCUAUUCCAGCGUACUCCCACUCAAAGCACAAGUCUCCACACUAAGUCAACCCGUACAACACUUGCAGCGUCCGCCUCACUCUCAUCCAUGGCCGCCUCUUUCUCCCCGGAGAAGGCCCGAGUGCCCCCAGCCCUGCCGGCGCCCGCUCCUCCCAUCACCAAGUUUAAGAUUGGUAUAUGCCAGUUGAAAGUGACUGCUGAUAAAGAGAGAAACAUUCUGCAUGCGCGGACUGCGGUAGAGGAGGCUGCUGAGAAAGGAGCAAAGCUUGUUCUGUUGCCUGAAAUAUGGAACAGUCCAUAUUCAAACGAUAGCUUUCCAGUGUAUGCUGAGGAUAUUGAUGCCGGUUUUGAUGCGUCUCCAUCAACAGCAAUGUUAGCUGAAACUGCUCGCCGUCUUAACAUCACACUAAUUGGAGGUUCAAUACCUGAACGUAGUGGAGAUAAGCUGUACAACACCUGUUGUGUUUAUGGCCCUGAUGGGAAGCUGAAAGCUAAGCACCGUAAGAUACACCUUUUCGAUAUUGAUAUUCCGGGGAAGAUUACCUUCAAAGAGUCUCAAACUCUUACUGCUGGGGAGACUCCGACCGUAGUGGACACAGAGGUUGGUCGAAUCGGAAUCGGUAUCUGCUACGACAUUAGAUUUCAAGAACUGGCGAUGCUCUAUUGCGCAAGAGGCGCUCAAUUGAUUUGCUACCCGGGAGCAUUCAAUAUGACUACUGGACCUCUGCAUUGGGAGUUACUGCAACGGGCAAGGGCUGUCGACAACCAGUUAUACGUAGCAACAUGCUCACCUGCUCGAGAUGCUGCUGCUGGAUACGUCGCGUGGGGUCACUCUACACUUAUCGGCCCGUUUGGGGAAGUACUGGCCACAACGGAACAUGAUGAGGCGAUAAUCAUCUCAGAAGUCGACUAUUCCCAGAUUGAGCUUCGGAGAACGAACCUCCCGCUGGAGCAGCAACGACGAGGCGACCUCUACCAGCUGGUGGAUGUUGAGAGGUUGAGUUCUGAAUGAAGAGUGUGUUGUUUUUGUCUUUGUGUUGCUAAAGUUUGAGAGGAAGUUUGAAAUGAAUGACGAAGGUUGUCGUGUUCUUGGAGAAGGAUCAUUUAGAAAGCGAUUCGUUUCGUUAUUAUGAGAAAAAGGAGAUGAAUCAGUGACAGUGAGGCGUUGAAAUGCUGUAGCAUUUUCUUCUCUGUGAUAAAUGUUUAUGUUGGCUGUUUCUUGUUUUGA